AUGUCGGUGAAAACCGAACAAGUUAACAUCAAGAAUGUGAGGGGCCCGGGAACGCCCGAUACGGGGGCGUUUCGGAUAACCAAAUCUCUGUAUGGUUGGAAAAAUUCCAACACCGGCCAAAUUAUACAAGAGGAUGCUAAAGCCGUUCGACAAAUUGAAUGGAGUAGGAUUAAUGCCCGAGAAUUUACUCUAAGCUUCGUGACACAAUCCGGAACUCGUAUUGAUUUCUCGGGAUUUCGAGAACAUGAUUUUGAGACUCUGCAAUCUUAUUUCAAGAGGCACUGGCAAAUACCAAUGCUCGCCGAUAUAAAACUUGGAUGCAAAGGCUGGCAUUGGGGAGAAUGGUCUAUUAAGGACAAAUCAUUCUGCUUCGAAGUAGAUGGCAAACGAUCAAUUGAUAUACCUCUAGAUAGGCUCAGCAAUGUUAUGAGCAAUAAAAGCGACAUUACUCUUGAGCUCAAAACUAAGGAGAAACAAUCUGUAAUGGAAGACGUUGUUUCUGAGAUCAGAUUUUGCGUUCCCCCACCAAAGGAAGGUGAUGCGGCCGAUAAUGCGGAAUAUGUCAAGGCGGUAAGAUUAUCGAACACGAGUGCGCUACUUUUUUUUCAGAGCAUCCUGGAUGCUUCAGGACUCGGAAGCUCGGACAAUACCUCUCUCGUUUGCCGGUUCCUUUACAAGAACUGCUUGCUGCCUCCUGGCAGGUUCGAUGUUCAAUUUUAUGCGAACUCAAUUCGUCUCCAUGGCAAAUCAUUUGAUUAUCGAGUCCAAUUCGAUAACAUCAUUGAUGCUUAUUUUCUAGUUGAUGAGCAGUCUUCAAAAUUGUUGUUGACCUUAGUCAAUCCGCUAAAGAAGGGUGCAACUAAGUAUCCGGCGGUAAUAAUCUGUUUCGAUGACAAACAAGAGCAAGUGAUUUCGAUCAAUGCUUCAGCGGAGAUGUUGGAGGAGAUUCGAAAAUUCAUGCCAUCUGCUCAGAGCGAAAUGAGCGUGAUGGAAAACAUAUUGGCAGGUCCUUUAAUUCAGGCUUUGGCGAAAAAGCAGAUUUUGGGCGAGACGCCAUUCAAAGGCUCGAGCAACUGGCCGUCAUUUAGCUGUUCACACAAGGUCGAAACGGGCUGGUUCUAUCCUCUGCAGCACGAGUUUGUUUACUUGCACAAGCCAGUCAUAACCGUCAAGUUCAGUGAGGUGGCCUCUGUUAAUUUGGGAAGGACCCAGGGGCAGCAAACCCGUUUGUUCGAGUUUUCAAUUACUCUCAAGUCGGGUAUCGAAUACGAAUUUAACCAAGUUGACCGCGCGGAAUUGCAACCAUUCGUGGAUUUUGUGAAAAGCCAAGGACUCAAGCUACGAGAAAUGGUGACCGAAAGCCGAGAAGAUCAUAUGGAGCAUGGCAAUGGCGGACGAGAGGACGAAAGCGACAAUGAUGACGAAGAGGACGAUGAAGAUUUCGAAGUAGAAGACGAGGAAGAAGACUUUUAA